GGAGCGGGCGUGGGCGGCGGUGACACCUUCCGGGUCGGGGUGACACAGUCUGCUCGUACAGGAGGAGGAAGAGCCUGACAGGAGCGCACACGGAGCGGAGACAUGGCUUACCAGUACCGGGGCCCGGACCAGAACUUCCUCCUGAACGUCUUCCGCAGAGUGGACACAGACAACAGUGGCAUCAUAUCGGACAAUGAACUGCAGCAGGCUUUAUCGAACGGUACAUGGACACCAUUUAACCCUGUCACUGUCAGAGCUAUUAUCUCAAUGUUUGACAGAGAAUAUAAAGGUGGUGUGAACUUCGCCGAGUUUACCGGGGUAUGGAAGUAUGUUACUGACUGGCAGAAUAUUUUUCGGACCUAUGACAGAGAUAACUCUGGGUUAAUAGACAAGAAUGAACUAAAGCAAGCCUUAUCAGGUUUUGGUUAUCGCUUGACGGAUCAGUUUUAUGACAUUCUCAUUAGAAAAUUUGACAGGCAGAGAAAAGGACAGGUAGCAUUUGAUGAUUUCAUUCAGUGCUGUAUCGUUUUGCAGAAACUGACUGAUGCUUUUAGACGCCAAGACACGGACCAAGACGGCUGGGUACAAAUCUCAUAUGAACAGUUUCUUUCCAUGGUCUUCGCUGUAAUAUGAUGCCAAAAGGAUCACUGGUCCAGAUCAGUGCAGAGACUGAAUUGCCAAAUCAAUACUGGAAUGUGGCACAACUACGGUGCUAUGUGUUCAGCCUCCUCUACAUUUUUCUACCAUCUUCAACAAACUCUAAGUUGUAUAUACAAAGAGCUUAUUUUUACUGUUAGUAAUAUUAUUAAUCUAGCCAUAUUUCUGUUUGCACUGCAAUGAAUAGCUAACACAAUGUCUUAAACUGAGGCCAUUAUAUGUUGUUUUUAUCAUGUAGUGUGUAACUUUUGCUUCCUGUGCCAUAAAAUACUUUUAUUUAGCCAA